GACAACGGUGUUGUGUAUGACGCAUCGGCUAGUCGAGGAACGGGACGACCAUAUCAAAUGGUUUUAGGAUCGGGAGACAUGUUACCAGGCGUCGAUCAAGGUCUGUACGAAAUGUGCCCAGGAGAAGUUCGCGAAAUUGUCAUUCCACCGCAACUGUCAUAUGGGCCCAGAGGAAACAAACUUUUCCGUAUUCCUCCGGACUCAACCUUACUUUGGAAAGUCGAGCUUGUGUCGGUCAAU